AAUUUUCCAGGUGAAAUGAUUCACACUAAAUGGGAUAAAUGUAUAUACUUGAGGGCACCACAGUGAACUAUGAUGGUUUAUAUGCUGUGAAACGAAUUUAUGUUAUGUUACGUUAUGAAACGCAAAGUCCAGCGCGUGUCCUAUCUCCUCACGUUAAUCAGGUAUAAUGGACUAAAUGAAUGCGCUUAAAACGAGCCAAUGGCACGCACACACUUCCCUUAAUAACUUUGUGUUUUUUUUCCUUGGCUGGGCGGUGACGGUGACUGCCUCCAACUUUGCUCCGGGAUGCUCUUCAAACGCUGAGAACUUUUGAGCUUAGUGCACGAGAGAGUCUGCCACUUGCGGGAGCACCGAGCCGCAUUCUUAUUCUUUUCUUUCUUUCUUUCUUUCCUUCUUUUUUUUUUUUUUUUUUUUUGAGGCGCGCGCUUGAUUGUUCCGAGGGCGACGCAUGAGGCAAGGCAUGAGCGCGGAGCUUUCCGAAGACGCCGCGUGCUCGGCUCAGCGCGCCGCGAGCCUGCCGUUCAGCGUGGACGCGCUCAUGGCUCGCGCCGGAGCCAGGACGCCCGCGGAAACCCCUCGCUACGGGAACGCGCGCUCGACGCUGCUGUACGGGCCGCCUGCGCCGGAGGACCGCGUGCCCACGUCGCCCGUCAAGUCGGAAGCGUCAGACCGAGACGAAGCGGCCUGGUCCAAGUCCGCUUGCUCACCGCAGCCACGACACUUGGGUCCGAGCUCAUGCUCUCUGAGAAAGCACAAGACGAAUCGUAAGCCUCGAACUCCAUUCACGACGGCUCAGCUCCUGGCCCUGGAGCGCAAGUUCCGUCAGAAGCAGUACCUCUCCAUCGCAGAACGUGCUGAGUUCUCUAGUUCUCUCUGUUUGACUGAAACCCAGGUCAAGAUCUGGUUCCAAAACAGACGAGCAAAAGCCAAGCGACUGCAGGAGGCUGAGAUAGAGAAGCUCAAAAUGGCAGCCAAGCCCUCGACGCACUCGGGCCUGUCUUUUCCGUUUCCUCUUAGCAAUCAGCCACAGGGAGCAGCAGCACUCCUCUAUGGACAAUCGGGGCACUUUCCUUUACGUAGAUACAUGCUCCCUAUGCCUCCACUUGGGAUUUAUUCGACACCUUUGGCCUAUAGUAUGUAUCAUUUGUCCUGAGAGGCAAUAUGGAUUUUUCUUUUUGAUCCAAACUCAAGACUGUUUGUUGGUGCCUAAACAUCUUUGCCCAGUGGGAUGAUUUAUAAUCUAAGCAGUGUAUGAUGUGGCCAAAACAACAACAAAAAAAAUGCUAAACAGCUGUGUAUUUUUUAUUUUUAUUUUUUGAUAUAGUAGUAGCUUUCUAAAGGUUUUUAAACAGACGUUGUGUACCACAAAAAUCCUUACAGGCCACAGACUGGGGGGAGGCUACAUCUAAAUGCACCUUAUUAUAAAGACUAUGCAGGUUCAGAUGCUGGAUAUACUGAACUAUUUAAUUGAACUGGGUCGGUUGAAGGCCAAGAUUGAAUAAAAUGUUUGUUCUUCACAUCUAUUUUUUGUUUCUGGAGCAAUUCAAAAAGUAUAAGGGAGACCUGGACUUUUUAAAUCAGACAGGACUGUUGUGUAGGAAAUCAAUGUUUUACUUUUUUUUUUUUUUUAGGACAGAUUACAAAUCCAAAAAUCUUCAAGUGUUGUGCCACACUAUUUUAUUUCAAAGAAAUUGUUCAACUUAGAAAACUAAAUACGAUGUUUACACGCGCUCUAUAUACCCGUUCAUGACUUUGUGUAGUGGUCACAUACGUAUAUUUAUAUGAGGAAUAAAUGUAUCAUAAUAUGUUUUAUAACAUUGUUGCUUUUCAUUAAAUGAAACUUUCAGAA